AGAGAGAACAAGUGCAACCAGAGUCAGGCAAGGUUGCUGCCUGCACACACACAAACACACACACACACACACACAGACGCACGUAUAGAAACAGGCAGACCCCGGCUGCACCAGGAGAAGUUCAGGGAGGAGACUGACCUCGAAAAGGUGGGUUGGCGGAAGUUGUGUCUGUGGAUUCGCCCAAAUGUUAUGGCUUUCCUCAAACUGAGCCUUGUUGUCCUGUAGAGGAGUUUUGUGUUUCCCCCUUCAGAAGAACUUGUCUCGUUUCUUGCCGCUUGAGGGAGGAUGGAGAAGCUGUCGGGGAAGGACAAGGAGCUGAUACGAGGCAGCUGGGAGAGCCUAGGCAAGAACAAAGUUCCUCAUGGUGUCAUCAUGUUUUCUAGGCUGUUUGAGCUGGAUCCCGCGCUGCUCAGUCUGUUUCGCUACAGUACAAAUUGUGGUUCCACACAAGACUGCCUCUCCAGCCCAGAGUUUCUGGAACAUGUCACCAAGGUGAUGCUCGUGAUCGACGCGGCAGUCAGCCACCUGGAUGAUCUCCACUCCUUGGAGGACUUCCUGCUCAACCUCGGGAGGAAGCAUCAGGCAGUGGGAGUUCACACACAGUCUUUCGCUUUGGUGGGAGAGUCCCUUCUCUACAUGUUGCAGUGCAGCCUGGGCCAGGCCUACACCGCGCCGCUGCGCCAAGCCUGGCUCAACAUGUACAGCAUUGUGGUAGCGGCAAUGAGCCGAGGGUGGGCCAAGAACGGUGAGGACAAGGCCGACUGAGACGCGCAGCGGGAGCAGUUGUUGUCAACUCGUCAACAUGGUUGCCAUGGAAUAAGGUUGUGUAACUCGCAGCAUUGUGGCUUUAGCUGCUGUACAUUUGCUCUGUGAGGUGGGUCGUGUAGCGUAGCGAAUGUAUGGCAUAGUUACACGUUUCAAUCGGACAGACCAAUCGCAGAGUUUAUUUCUUUUGCCGUGGCUGUUCAGCUGCCAGACAACGCUGCAGCAACAGCCACGAGAAUCCAACAGAAUCCAGUGCUUUGGUUCCUCUAAGUCUGGACCUUUACGCUGAACGCCUCCAUCAGAAUAACUGUUGAGUCUCUUUGUACAUAAUGGCUUUGAUAUAUCUACUCAAACGAAACCAGUGACUGUAGUGUUCUUUGUGAUGUAUCUUAAAAGAGUCGCACACUUGUGAAACACUAGGUAUUAUAAUUAGGCAUCACGCACACUACUCAAACUGUGAUGGUUACUGUGGCCAGCAAGGGCAGCUCUCUAUUUAACUGGAACACAGUGAUACUCAUCAAAACCUGUGGGACAAUGCAAUGUGGUUUCACAGAAGUAAUUCUAAACUUAACCAACAAUGUGUUUGUUUUUGUUUUUUUAAAAAAAGGAACGGUGUUGCGCAACAUUACACCUUUUUUGUGAGUGAAUUUGAGCUACUGUAGACGAGCACAUUUCUAAAAUCCCGUUCAGUAGACACUGACAAGAACUGUUAUACUCUCUGAUAGCUUUCUUCAAUGACUGUUAAGGCGUCCACGCGCACCUUACUCGACGUGAUGUGUGAUUCUGUCCUCAGUCGAGGUUGUGAGUAUUUCAGUUGGCUUCUGAUGACUGUUAAACUCUACAUAAUAGACUGUUACGUGACCUUUAGAGUUUGAAAGAAAAUGGCAUCUUGGAGGGAUUAUAACAUCUCUGUUCCUUGGCUAUGGGUUUCCAGUUAUUGUUAGUGUGAAGUAGUUUUAUUGUACUGUAUUUGCGUAUCUUAGUAAUGCUUAUUAUCUGCGUUAUUGUGGCUACAAAUGUAGUAUUUACCUCAGCUUUAGAGGUGAAGAUAAUCACAGUGUUUCUCCAACACAGAGCUCCUGUGAGGAAACUGGGAGUGAGAAUUUCUUCUGAAACAAAGUAAAACGUAACUAAUUAUCCUUCUAAUUUAUAAACACAAAACAACGGAAAUAUUUUGUGCUACUGACUCUGUCCAAUGUAUGUGUGUAUUAUUACUGCUGCCAUAACACUGUAUGUGUCAUCGUCGGUCGUUAUUUACAUUCAUGGCCAUAAUGCCAAGUAACUUAGCAACAGUGCGCCAAGUAUUAGAUAAUAACACCAUACAACUGUAAAUCCAAGCUGCUGAUAUGUGGUUAUUAUCGCUUUAGUCUGAGUUUAUAUUUAUAAAGUUUAUUUUUAUAUUCUGAUCUGUAUGUGUAGUGAAAGAGCAAUGUUUUUUUUUUUUUUUUCUCAGAUGUCUUUUACAGUUUAUCUUAUUUCAGUUAAUGGAUUCAGUACAAGGAAAUAUCCCCUUAGUUGGGUUUUAUUUAAUCGACAUUUACAAACACAACUUCUAAAUGAGCAAUUCUUACAGAAAAGUAUAAAGGCAGGGUUUCUGUUGAACUGUUUUACCCCUGACACAGUGUGUUCAGUGUGUUCUUUCCAGCCCACAGGUGUAAAGUUUGUUAACUGAUUGUGUAGGUGGCGUAUUUAUAGUGAUUCUUUUCUUAGUAUCGGUACACGGCCCUAUGCAGGUUGUUGUUCUCCAUGUGUCUGUUUUUAAUUACCUGACAGUAAGUGUUUUUAGCCAGGAUGACUGACAGCUGGCGUGUUUCCUUUUCAACAUCCAGAUGUUCACAUACUGGCUGUGUCACUGUCUACCUCAUCACUAUCAGCUGCUAUCGAACAGCGAUGACUUCACCUAGUUAUCCUCCAACACCAAAAACGCACAUCUAACGCGAGCACGCUCUCUUUGUAAACCGGAUUCCAUCCUUCACUUUAAGGGAAAAAACAAAAAAUAAAAAAUUCUGUUAUGUGCUUACUUGAGAGUCAAUAAAGUGAUGUGUGGAUAUUUUACGGCUAAA